UAAAGUUUUGUAGUGUAGUUUUCGCUGAGAGUCGAUGCUCCGUGUCCAUAUUCGGCUCGGCCGAUUUGGUUCCGGUGUAGACCCGGAUCGUCAAACUUCACGUUUUGUCGAGAAGGGAAUAUCAUUUGCGACUGCGAAGCCCUGAUUGCCAUCGUGUUCGGACUUUGUACGAAGAUUUGGUCUUCUAGGUCCUUGCUGGAAGGCCCCAAGAGUUUCUCGAAGUCGUCUAAUUUGCGGGAAUUGGCAUUCCCUAUUCCUUCCGGUCGUCGUGGCCACCCCGGUUGCGGACGCUCGGCUCGGUCUGCAGUGAUCGAUGAUUUUUUGAAGAAUUGAAGCUCAGCUCCUGCCGGUGUGUUUUUCUCAGUAUGUGAUCGAGCAAUUCGCGCUUCUGAUGCGCAGUUGAAUUGCGGUGGAAACGAACUCUCUUUUCUCCCGAAAGAUCUAUUGAAAUUGGAGUUGAUGAGGGGCAGGCAAAUGGAAGAUCGACCUAGAGGAUACCGGAAGGCGAUCUUUUUCGGUGUCGUAAUAACUUUGUUUGCAUGCUCUCGAGUCACGUCGGCUCGGAAUGUAAUUUUAGUUCUUGACGACGAGGAUGCAAAAGACGGUGGCGACUCGAACGGGGAGGAGCUUGCCUCCUACGAAGGAGCAAGUGAUGGUGGGGUGGGAGGUUUACCGUCAGGGUUAGAUUCUCAAGACUCUGGUCAAGAAUGGGAUGAAUUUGGCGAUGCCGACGAUUUGAAAGACGAAGACUUGGACCCAGGAUCGUGGAGGCAAGCUCUGGACCUAGAGCAGGCUGAAGGAGGUUCUCACAGGGACGACGUUCAAUACGGGAAAGGUGUGAGGAAAAUGGUCCAAGGCCUAGGAGAUGGUGAUCCUGCCCUGCUGGCCGCAGCUAUUGCUGACCUCAGGGUUGCAGCAGACCGUGGCCAUGCGCACGCCCAGUCGACGAUUGGUUUCCUACAUGGUAGUGGGUAUGGAAUGGAUAAAAGUGAUGCAAAGGCCCACUUGUAUCAUCACUUUGCGGCCGAAGGUGGCAAUUUUCAGUCGAAGAUGGCUCUAGCUUAUAGUUACCACAGACAACAGCUACACAGCAAGGCUUGUAAGCUGUACGCUGAGCUUGCUGCGACAGCAAUGGCAAGUUUUAGAAGUUCCAAGGAGGCCCCUUUGCUGGAGCCAGUGCGACUGAAUGAUGGUUCUGAGGAAAGCAAAGAGUACAAGAAAUUUAGAGGAGAGGACGAUGAUGAUUUCCAAUUUCUUCAGUACAAAGCGCACAAAGGAUUUGCUGUGGCAAUGUACAGACUAGGAAUCAUUUAUUACCUGGGCCUCCGGGGCGUACCUCGUGAUCAUAGCAAAGCACUGACUUGGUUUCAAAGAGCGGUGGAUAAGGGUGAGUAUGAGUCCAUGGAGUUACUAGGUGAAAUCUAUGCUCGGGGCUUUGGGGUGGAAAGGAACUAUACAAAGGCACUGGAGUGGUUUGUUGAGGCAACCCGUCGCAAGCAGCACUCUGCCAACAAUGGAAUCGGAUGGUUAUAUGCCAAGGGUUUGGGAGUCGAGAGGAAGAACCUCACAAAGGCACGGGAGUAUUUCAAAAAAGCAGCCGAUAAUAGUGAUCCAGAUGGACUGUACAACCUGGGAGUGCUCUAUUUGAGAGGUUUGGGACUGAAACAAGAUGUCAGAGAAGCCCGUAGGCACUUUAUGCUAGCUGUGAACAUUAGUAAAUUGCGGCAUCCGAAGGCAUUGUACCAGCUUGCGAGAAUGCAUCAAAAGGGCAACGGGGUGAAGAAAGACGAAGCUACAGCGGUGGAGCUUUACAAGUUGGUGGCUGAAAGGGGUCCAUGGGGAUCACUCUUGAAAUGGGCUUUAGAAUGUUAUGUGAACAGAGAAAUAGGAAAAGCCUUGCUGCUCUAUUCGAGGGCAGCUGAACUUGGCUACGAAGUUGCACAGAGUAAUGCAGCAUGGAUUCUCGAUAAAUACUACGGUGAGGACGUAUGCAUCGGAAGCUCAGGCUUCUGCACUGAAGCUGAACGACACCAGCGCGCACACGCUCUUUGGCGUUACGCCUCUGAGCAGGGUAACCAGCAUGCUGCUUUGUUGAUCGGCGACGCUUAUUACUAUGGGCGAGGGACGGAGAAAGAUCUUGAUCGAGCUGCUGAGGCUUACAACUUAGCUCGGGUGCAGCAAAAUGCACAGGCCAUGUUCAAUCUCGGGUAUAUGCAUGAGCAUGGUGUCGGUUUGCCAAUGGAUCUCCAUCUUGCCAAGCGAUAUUAUGACCAAGCUCUAGAGACAGAUCACGAUGCUGCAUUGCCAGUUACCCUAGCUUUGAUGGGGCUGUGGUUACGUCAGAAUUAUGCAAACAGCUUUGUGGUGAGGUUCAUUGAUGCCCUACCGGACGCUAUUCCUCACUCAUUCGGCCAUUACUUGAACUCAAUCUCCAUCGACGAGGGCAAUGCAACAUUAGCUACUCUUUUCGUUUGUCUUCUUACUGUUUUGUAUCUACGACAAAGACACAGACGAGUAGCUCUUGUACCACCAGCGGAACAACCUCAACCUGUAGAACCUCCUGUACCACAAUGAUCUCCCAGCCUAGAUUGAUUGUACCUUAACUGGCGUCCGUCAUAGUCUUGUAACAUGUAGAAAGAGAAAGAUAGAACGGGAGGAAUAAGAGUAACUGUCGUUGCCCCUUUCGCAUAUGGUUAGAGUCUUCACCUGGAGGAAGCCGUUUUUUAAAGGAUAUAACCUCGAUUACAUUCAUGGAUUCCUUUCACCAUGAAUAUUGUCCUUGGGUUUGAUUGCGAAGUUUAGGAACACAAUUGAUACGUGAAUUGGAUGAAUAUGGUGCGUGUAAGCCUGCGAUGAAUCGCAUGUCUGCUACAAUGUACUCUAUCAAGACUGAAGUUGUUUGUGGCUAUCUCAAGAUGAGACAACUCCCGAUCAGCCUUUAGCAGUCACAGUGCAUAUCGAAGGAAUAUCAUACGGAGCGUUGGUAGUCGAGUCUGGCUUCAUUUAUCUUCAUUUAUUCUGUACUACAAUAUAGAGUUUCUACGAAGCCGUUAGACAUGACAGACCGAAAUAAACAUGCCGAACCAUUUUCAAAACUAGUGACCAAUAUUGUAACACUAGAGGUACCCGUGAGUCGAAAUCACAAUGACAAAUCGAUCCCGUGGGCAUAUUUCAUGCUGAUUCAAUUUCGUCCAAAAGUGGCAAACCAAGGUGG